GGAAUGGGUGAAGGUUCAGGCCGAUCGAGCCCCUUCUUCAGACUGAUUCCAACCAGACGGACGGACGAUAACAGCAGCACCACCACGAGCGUGCUGAGCGAGCUCGCGCGCCCUUUAAACGUCCCGCCGUUUUCCCGAGAGCGCGGCCGUCGAGGGGCGGGCACUGGCGCCGAUCGUCUGCAACCUGAUUGGUCUUCAGCGUUUAGGCGGGCGGAGGACCCGCUCCUGAUUGGCUCACGGACACGUCGAUCAGUUGCAGGACCCGCGCCCCCCACCUCACGGCGGGCGCGCGCGCGAGGGACAGGCGAGGCCGGGGGCGCGCACGCGCCGCCCCCUAAAGAAAGAAAGAAAGAAAGGAAGGAAGGGAAAGGGGGCAGCGGAGUGUCGGCGGCGAGAGUGGCUGUGUGGGCCACGGGUCAUCAUGCAGACUCUCGGCCGCACCGCGGCUGAUGUGCGGGUGCAGGAUGUGCUGAAACGGAGGAACCCGAGCAAACACUACGUGUACGUUAUCCAAGUAAACUGGUCAGAUAAUAGUUCAAACAUUAUCUACAGACGUUACAGCAAGUUUUUUGACCUACAGAUGCAGCUCCUAGACAAGUUUCCUGUCGAAGGAGGACAGAAGGAUCCUAAGUUGCGUUGCAUCCCUUUUUUGCCUGGAAAAAUUCUUUUUAGAAGAAGCCAUGUGAGAGAUGUAGCCAUGAAGAGACUGAGACCCAUUGAUGAAUAUUGCAGGGCUUUGGUGCGACUGCCACCCAUGAUCUCACAGUGCGGGGAUGUGCUCCGGUUUUUUGAACCUCGUCCUGAGGAUUUGAAUCCACCUAAGGAAGAUUGUGGAGGGAUGAGGAAAAAAUCAGGUUCGGAGUCUGUGGCGGAGCCCAUGGUUCUGGAUCAGUAUAUGGUGGUCGCUAACUACGAAAAGCAGGAGAACUCUGAGAUCAGCUUGAAAGCAGGGGAAGUAGUGGAUGUUAUUGAAAAAAGUGAGAGUGGUUGGUGGUUUGUGAGUACAACAGAAGAACAAGGUUGGGUCCCAGCUACUUACCUGGAGUCUCACAAUGAAACCCGAGAUGACCUGGAUAUCAGGACAACAAGAGCUGGAGAGGUCACUAAGAGACGUAAAGCUCAUCUGCGUCGGCUGGAUCGGAGGUGGACUUUGGGAGGAAUGUGUAGCCGCCAGCAAAGCCCAGAGGAAAAAUAUAUCACUGUGCAACCGUACGUCAACCAGGGCAAAGAUGAAAUUGGGUUUGAGAAGGGCGUCAUGGUGGAGGUCAUCCAGCGAAAUCUCGAAGGCUGGUGGUUCAUCAGAUAUCAAGGCAAAGAGGGAUGGGCACCUGCAUCAUAUCUGAAGAAAAUCAAAGAUGAACUUUCUCCAACGAAGAAGCCUGUUAAUGGGCCGGUUGAGAUCAUUGGCAACAUAAUGGAAAUAAGUAACCUUCUGAACAAGAAAACAAGCAGUGAAAAAGAGAUUCAGACAGAGAACGAGCCCAGACAUUAUGAUCACCCUCCACUCACUGCAAAGGAGAUUAGCCUUCCACUGCCAUGUGAACAGACCAAUGGUGAUGUAGCAGUGUUAAUAGGAACAGAGAAGAGAUUCAGUCGAGCCACACCAGGCACCCCAGCUGUGGCCAGGAUCGCUCCACAGAGAGCAGAGAUAGGUUCCCCAAACCUAAGGCAGAAGCCGCCCCCACGAAGGGAGGCAAGUAUGGGAUUCCAGUUGCCCAAGCCUCCAGAGCCGCCUGCUGUUGAAGUGGAAUACUACACCAUUGCAGAAUUCCAGACACACAUUGCUGAUGGCAUCAGCUUCCGAGGAGGCCAGAAAGCUGAGGUCAUUGAGAAAAAUCUAGGCGGAUGGUGGUACGUGCAGAUUGGGCAAAAGGAAGGCUGGGCACCAUCGUCUUAUAUUGACAAAAGAAAGAAACCAAACCUGUCCAGAAGAAGCAGCACACUAAUGCGGCCAAAGAUCCCUCCCCCAGCACCACCCACCAAAAGCAAGCCAAACUCUGGCGAAAUAAGUCCAGGAAAUGAGCGGGAAUGCACACAGCAAAAACCCAAGUUUGAGGAACCAGAGUAUGAUAUUCCUUCUGCACUAUAUGACCAUGAGCCACAAAAUGAUCUGAGGAGCACUGAUUAUGAACUAGUCAAAGAAGAAUUAUUAGAACAGGACCAGACAGAUUCCAGCCAACAGCAGAUCAAACAAUGCCCAAACUCCACACUGAGGAAAGCUUACUUCAGAGUUGGUGAAUAUUCAGAAAGUUUACCUUGUGAUCACCAAUUUGUGUGUACUUCUGGUGAUAAGGAUUACAACCAAGGAGGAAGUAACAAUAGUUUAGCAUCUAAUGGGGUCUAUGAAAUUGUUAGUCAGGUUGUUGCUACACUGUCAGUAACUGAGACCAGCUCUUCACCAAAACACAUUUCCCCAAAGCAUUCUCUAAAAAAUCUUCAGUUAAAAUCUGAGACCAAAAAGGACCUGGAUCUUGGAAAGAGUGCAGAGAAUUCUAGCAAAUCCAUGGUUGAUAUUAAUGGGUGCAUUGUACAGAAAGCUGGACCAAAACGAGAAAAGGACGCAUGUGAAACAAAUCCAGGCACAGAUCAGAGAGCCAUUUCCAGUCCCAUCACAAAGCCAAAGCCUUCUGUAAGACCAAAGCCUUUCCUGGUAAAAUCAGAAGUGCAGAAUAUGGAGAUGAGCAGCAUCAGGCGCCAUCUUAGGCACACAGGACAAAUUAAGCAUAGCUCCAAAGGGGCAAAAAGUGAUGAUGCGGAUACCAGUUCAUUAACAUCCUCUGAAAAUUCAGAAGAUUCCUUCACUAAAAGUACAGUUGAUCUUUCAACACAUGCAUCACCGGGUCAUCAUCAGUCGGACGUAGCAAGGCCCAGUGAGCAGGAGGCAGAGUCAUUGUACCAAUAUAGGACAGUGGAUAAAUAUGAAAAAGUCCAGGAUAAUGAAAUCAGUUUUCCAGCAGGAGUAAUGGUACAGGUUCUGGAAAAACAAGAUAGUGGUUGGUGGUUUAUUAGAAUUGGAGACAAGGAGGGAUGGGCACCUGUCUAUUUCUUGGAGCGUGUGAGUGGCAAACCUGCAGAGUGCACUGCUAAGUUGGAAACGUGUGGAAGUGAGAGGUCAAUGAAUGAAAAGCAACGCAACUGCACUGAGAAAAUAGACACGGUCCAGGCAUUAAACAACAUCAACCUUGGUCUAAAGAGAGCAACACCUCCAAUCCCUGCAAAACCCCCUGGAGGGUUUACUAGACUAGGAGGAAAUGUGAAUGGUUCCGUAAAAAUGAGAAAUGGUUUAAAGCAAGCAACUGUGAGGCCACAAUCCGUGUUUGUUGCCCCCUCUUGCAAAGAUAAUACCAACCUGGCUGCGUUACUCAGGAGGAAUGAAUCUAUGGUGUGUACGGACAAUAUCAGGUCUACAGUCAGUAUUCGCCGAAAUUCAUCCUUCAGUACUGUCCGGUUACGGAAGAAGCCUGAUGAAUCUGAUAACCUUCACUCAUCUACAUCGUCUUCCAGCCAAACAAAGGGUAAACCUCCAGAAAAGUGUGGAGUUGUUGAACCAGAUGUCACAGCAAGAAUCUCCCAGAAAAACGGAAUUCCUGUGUCUGCUGUUAGACCAAAGCCAGUAUGCAUCCAGGAGAAACCCCAGUUCGUGCAGAACAACUGGAGAGAGAUGUACGUUGCAAUUGCAGACUAUCAGGGAGAUGAAGAAACCAUGGGUUUCCAAGAAGGGAGUUGCGUGGAGGUGCUGGAACGCAAUCCCAAUGGUUGGUGGUACUGUCAAAUAAUGGAUAGAGGACGUUGUCAAAAAGGAUGGGUGCCUUCAAAUUAUUUAGAAAAAAAGCACUAAUAUUUGUUUUAUAUAAAAUAUUUCUAAUUUAUAGAUGCAAUGUGCAUUUUCUAAUAGAACUAUCAGGUAGUACCACAUGCCUGCCAUGGAAUAAAUAUUGCUAUAUUUCAACUGCUGGACUGCUGAGCUAGUGUAUACAAGUAAGUGAAACAUAAAUAUAAUGAAGUUUGUGGAAAGCUACCUGCAGACACUGGAGUCGUGCGGUGUGUUUGCAUGGGGAAGCUUUACAGUGACGAAGCUUCAGAGUGGACCUGAUUGUUUACAGCUGGAAAAAGGCAUGUUGCAUUUUCAUGUGCAACAGAUUUACUCAAAAGCCGGACCUUUGAGCAGAGUAGGAGUUUUAAGUUAAUUAUUAUUGCUCUCUUUUGUUUUAGUAUUUACUCGUAACAGAAUAGUCAGGAGUUACUCCAGAUUCAUUUUUCACUGAUGUCUUUAGCAUGCCAUAAUUUCAUACAUUAGCAUUCCUUUCAUUCUGUCAUAUGUAAAUGUUUAUUCAGUUAAAAUAUAUUUUUAGAUGUGAUGAGGAAGCAUUUAGCCCUCUCCAGCCCGUGCACAAUCUAGAGUAUGGCAGAAUUGGUUGAAAUUAACAUCAUCCUGGAUUGGAGGACUUUAGUUACAGAAAAGAUUGAUAAAUUGGGUUGUUUAUCCCAGAAUGAAGAAGGCUGUCGGGAUGACCUGGUAGAUAUAUAUACAAUUAUGGAUUAUGGUUAGGAUAUUGCUUAUCCUACUUCAUUCAUUUAUUUAUUUAUUCAUAGAUAGAAUAAUUUUCUCAUCAAAACCAAAGGUUGGUUGAAGGUGUUUUAAAUGGGAUCUAAGAGGUAUGUUUAUUUUGGUUUCAUUUGUGACUUAUGGUCGAUAUUUGCCAGAGGAACCUGUGGAAUUAGAUACAGUUACAACAUAUAAGAGACAUUGAGACAGGCACAAUUAAGCAAGGUAGACAACUUUUCAAAGAAAUAACAAAGAAAGUCAAUGAGGGCAGGGUUGUAGUCAUAGUCUAUAUGGACAUCAGCAAGGCCUUUGAUAAGGUUCUGCAUGGUAGGCUGUUCUUGAAGAUUAAAUUGCAUAGGUUCGUAGGGUGGGCUAGGUAACGAUAGAUAAUUAACAGGGUGAUGGUGGAAGUUUUCUUUUACUGGAAGCUGUGACUGGUGGAGUAUCCCAGCAAUCUGCCCAGCACUGAUCUCUGUUUGUCAUCUUAUUAAUGAAUUGAGUAAGAAUGUAGACACAAGAAACAGCAGAUGUUAAUUUGCAAAAAAAGACACACAGUGUAGGAUUAACUCAGCAGGACAAGCAUUACUCCAGCACUUUGCAUUGUUUUUUGGAUGAGGCAUGACUAGUAAGUUUGCAGAUGUCACUACAAUAGGUGGCACAGGAGACAGUGACGACGGUUAUCGGGAAUUACUGCGGGAUAUUGAUCAGAUGGGGAAGUGGCCAAGGAAUAGCAAAUGGAGUUUAAUUCAUACAAGUGCAAGGUGUUGCAUUUUGAGAAGUCCAACCAGAGGGGGACUUUCAGAGAAUGGAGGGGCAUUGGGGAAUGUUGUAGAACAUAGAGACCAAAGAGUACAAGUGCAUUGUUCCCUGAGAGAGAUGUCACAGGUAGACAGAGUGGUGAUGAAAGCUGCUGGCACACUAGCAUUGGAGAGUUGAAGCACUGAGUAUAAACGUUGGGAUGCUAUUGCAGUUGUACAAGACAUUGGUAAAACCACAGUCUGAAGAAGGGUCUCGACCCGAAACGUCGCCUAUUUCCUUUGCUCCAUAGGUGCUGUCUUGCCCGCUGAGUUUCUCCAGCAUUUUUGUCUACCUUCGAUCUUCCGGCAUCUGCAGUUCCUUCUUAAGCACUUGGAAUGUAAUGUUCAGUUUUGAUCACCCUGCGAUAGGAACAAUGACAUUUAGCUAGAAAGAGUGCAGAAAAUAUUUACGAGGACGUUGUCAGGGCUUGAGGGCCAGAGGUGAAAGAGAGAUUGGGUAGGCUAGAACUUUAGUCCUUGGAACCCAAGAGGCUGAGGAGUGAUCUUACAGAGGAGUAUAAGAUCAUGAGGGGAAUACACACAAUCUUUCUCCCAGGGUUGAGCGUUAAAGGGCAGAGAUUUAAACUGAAAGUGUAAAAAUUUAAUAGCAACAUGAGGAGUAACCUUGUCACACACAUGGUGUUCGUAUAUGGAAAUAAUUGGCUGUGGAAGUGGUUGAGUCAGGUAUAACAACACCAAUAAAAAUAAAUUGGACAGGUACAUGGAUAAGAGAGGUUUAGAGGGAUAUAGGUAAAUGCAUGCAAAUGAGACUAACUUAGAUGGGGCAUCUUGGUUGGUUUGUUUGAUAAACCAAAGGGCCUGUUUCCAUACUCCGUGACACUGCAUAGAUACCUUGGAGUAUUAUUAAUUUAACGUUUUCAAUAGUGUGUCAAAUAUUAAAAAUUCAAUGGUCCCAUUAUAUUCUGCCCGUACAUUAUAUUUUUAACCAAAUCUGCACACCAGGUAAUAUGAGUUUAUUAUUCCUUUUGAACAUGUAACAUAAAAGCACACAGAAUCUUCAUGUAUUGAAGACUGAAGGUCUGUGACCUUUUUUAAAUAUUAAACAAUGGUGCUAAUUUCACCGGACCAUGACUUUGACAUUCACUGUGAACUAGAUGAUCAGCCACGAUCACAGUGAAUGGCGGUGCUGGCUCGAGGGGCCGAAUGGCCUACUCCUGCACCUAUUGUCUAUUGUCUAGACAUGGGGAGGAAAUCAGGCUGAGACAUCUGGGAUGCAAUUGGCUGGAAGGGUUAAUGCUUCCUCAUCAGCAGGGCAGUGUUGUGUAAACUUGUGCCGCCAAUAAUGCUUGCUUUGCUGCCAGUGAUGUAAAAAUAUAUUAAUGGUGUGGAAAUUGGUGCGUCUGCAGAAUGGUGCACAACUCGUUUCUCUGGGAACGGAUAAGGGUCCUCUUCAGAUUCGUAAUAUCGCACACACCAGCUUUUAAAUAUCACUGGUCUCAACUUUCAAUCAUAAACUGCCUAUCUGGAAUAAAGCAUUUUUAAUGAUUUAAUGAUAACAUGAAAUCAAUGUUGAUAUUUUUAUGUUUAUAAUAAUCUAUAAGAAUUGGCACAAGUAAUGUUUACAGAGAAAUGUAUCUGACCAGUAUUAGACUAACAGCCAGGUACUUCCAGCUCACUGAUAUCAUCGAUGAUUUCAUUUCUUGAAAACAACGUACGGUGUUAUAAAGUAUAAAACCUUGUACGGUUUUGUAUGAAAGUUGCUCAGGGUUGGAAGAAUGUGCUUUCCUCAUGUUACUGACCUCCAACCACGUAUUUACAUAAAAAAUAAUCCUGCAAUUUACAACCUGUUCUUUUCAGAUGUCACAAGAUUUCAAAAUUGUUUUCUGAAUGCAUGGAAACAAUAAGAUCAAACGUGUCCAUUUAUCAUGUUGGAACUUACCAGGUUCUUCCAACCUCGAGUUUCCAUCGUUGUCUAAGUUGAGAAGGGAAUUUAUAGUCAACAGAACAUUUCCAUUGUGCUGAAAUAUACUGAGCAUGUACAUAUGUGUAGCACUUGGCUAUAUUCAUCAUCAAUUUCAAUUUCAUGUCAUAAUAUCCAAGUGGAAUUAUUCACUCUCGGCUUUCCUUUUAUAAUUUUUGCCAAAAGAAACAAAAUGAGUAAAAGUGCAAUAUAGAAUUUAUGUAAAUUGAGGGCAAGAAAGAAAAUUAUGCUGGCCAAUUGUCUCUGUGGACAUUCAUUGAAGAUGAAUUGAGACGCGUGCAAUUGGGCAGCCUGGGACAGGUUCCGUACAUGUACAAGCAAGCAACAUAGAUACUAGGAAGCAGAUAAGUUGCGGAUGAAGUGUGACUGGGGUAGGAUCUGAACAGGAUCUAAAAUCCAUAUCUGAUUCAUCAGAAACCAAAUAUUAUAGAUGCUGAACUUUUGAAAUAAAAUGAGAACAUAACACUAUAUUCAGGAAGUCAGCCAACAUUUGUAGAGAGAGAUAGAUAGUGAAAAUUUCCAUCAAUUAUCUCAUGUCAACCAUAGUACCUGAUAAAAGAUGUGGACUCUGGUGCAGUCAAUUGUAAUGGGAAAGGAGAGCACUUGUGCACACUGUGGAAACUGAAUAGGAUUCGGGAAAACCAUUCUCAGGCACUGCCUUUGGAUGUAGGUUUCAAUUUUUGAUCUUAUCCUAUCUACAAACAGUGAUAUAGUUCUGUUGCGUUAACACUUCAAUGUGGAGAUGGGCUUUGCUCAGUCUGGUAAACCAGCAAGAGAUAAAACAUAGUUUUGUAAACUAUUAUUUUACACAAAAGCAACCUUUAUUGCUGGUUGUGUAGCAGUACAGGACAAAACGAAGGAAAGAGAUUUCCUGGAGUGCUGUCUGUGCACCCAUAGGACAAUAAAUGCCUUGUUUUAUGAUGAACAGAUAAGGAACCCUGCUGAGUUCUAGCUGUCUCAUCAGCAGGUUAAAUGUUUUUGUGAUAAUCUCACCUGGAUUAUCAUCGCGAGACUGUCUUGAGGCUAUAUCUCUGCUUUAGUUAUUGCUGAUAAUCUCAAUGACCCAAGAAACAAUUAACCAGUGCCUUUUCAGCACCUCUGGAUUCCCCAGCCUUCACUGCCAAUUAAACACUUAAUAACAAUUAAAUACUGAAAUAUAAAUUACAUCACUAUUGUAAUUCAGGAAAUACAACAAUAACUUUAACCUCCCCAAAAGAGAUGGGUCGAUGAAUGUUAAAUGUACUUUUUAUGAUGUUGGUUCAGAAAUAAACAGUCAGGUAUUACCGAAAUUUAAUGCAACCAUUAAAAGAAGUGAAUGUGAUCUUUGAAGCCCACCUGUGAAAUCAUUGAGGGCUGGGUUGUAGCCUUGUCUAGAAGCAUUUCAACAGCUUAAUACUGCCUUUGUGCUGCCACUCCAACAAUGCAAUGUUCCUUCAUUACUGCCUUUCUGACCUGUGGCUCUCUCUCAGUGUGUCUGUUCUGAUGGGGGGGAUCAUCCCCUCGGUUCUUUCAUUUAAAGGCUGCAGCAUUCCUUCAUCGAUAGCCCAUUGACAUUACUGUGCUCCCUCCCGACUCUUUGUUACACUGAAGCACUCUUUCAGUAAUGAUCCUCCAACAGUGUAGUGCUCUUUUAUAUUGCCUGUUAGACAUUACAGCAGUCUGUGAGCAAUGCAUCAUUAUCACAUUUUAACAAAACAUGAUGUACCAAUUCAUUUUAAUGCAAAUUAUAUCUGGCAUUAUCAAUUUAAAUUUGAAGUAUUCCUGUAAGUAACAUAGACGUUUCACUAAGCACAUUCUUUCAUUUACUUCUAUUUUGCUAUGAAUAAAAACUAGCAAACCUCUCAACCUGUAUUGUCCAGUCGUCCGCAUCUGACGUUGAGAAUUUGAACUCCGUCAUUAUAUACUGCCACAUUUCCAGGAUUAAUGGAUGUGCCCACCAAUAUCCUAAAACAUUUAGUUUGCAAGAGCUGAAAAUGAAAAGGAUUGCUAUUAUUUUCACUUUUGGUGUGCCCGCAAUCUUGCACUUCAUUUCUCGUGACCACCAUAAUCCCAAAUGGAGAUGGUAAAAGCAGGGGAAAGGCCCACAACACUCAUCUCUUCAUCGUUUGACCAAUUUACCACUCAUUUUGCAUCUGAAGCCCAGUACCCCAACUAUUUUUCAUGUUCUCACUUGCGUCUGUCUGUGUCUAUCUUCAUAUUCUCACUUUUCAAAACUUUAGUAUUCUCAGUCAUGAAUAAAUAAAUGACAGCAUUCUUUCAGCUAGCUGAAGUUGAGAAUUUUACCACCCACAGAAAUAUUUUUUUUAAUGUCAGACCUAAAAUUUAUACUGUCAGACCAAUAUUCUGCUGCACACUGAUGCUCGGACAAAGUUCCAUGGUUCUAGACACUUGAGCCUGAGGAAACUGCCUCUCAGUACCCACCCUAUCCAUCCCCCUUAGAAUCUUGCCAGUCUCAGUAAAAUUAUUUUGCAUUCUUUACCCGAUUGUCAGGCAAUCUUCCUCAAUCUCUGUCUACAGGACAACUCCCUUAUCCCAGGAUUACAUUCAUGAACAUACAUUCAUACAUUACAUUUUGUUUUAGUUAUAGAGACUAAUUCUGCACACUGUUUUCCAAAUGUGAUCUCUCCGAUGUUGUGUACAAUCACAGAAAGUGUCUUCUACUUUUAUAUUCUAACCUGUAACGUACUACUUGCCGAUUUAAUUGUUUGCUGUACCGACAUGUUUAUUAUCUGCCUGUGAAAAAGUAUCUAAAUCUUUGAAUUUAUACUGUACAGUCAUCACAGCUGCUGUGAUUUUCCUCACAUUCUGUAUCUUUAGUUAAUAAUGGUGCACCGUUUCAAAAGGGCUAGAAGUGACUAUUUCUUAAUUGCAAUGAAUUGUCCGAUAUGCAAAGUUUUGAAUUUGUCAUCAUUAUUAUCAUGUACUUGCUUUUGGUCUCUUUGUCAACUAAAUAUUGAAAUCCAAAAACAGAUACUGGAAAUAUCAAAUUUAAAAAUGACAAUACUGGGAAGAACACCCAACAUCAAGACAGCAACUGUACAGAGAGAAAUGGUCAGGGAUCUUUCAUCAUUUAAUUUUAAUUAAAUAAAAACAAAUGUUUAAAA